CAAAUACAGGCAAUGUUUUCUUUCCUGGUCACUUCCCUGGCGUGCUGCCGUGCUCACAGAGAAUGAAUGAAAUUUCUGUAUUUUAAUUUAGUCAUUGAGCUAGGUAAUCAUUUGCUAAUGUACGUUUUGUAAGAGGGAUGGAGGAGUCAAAAGAUGAGAAAGCGCAUAAAGUCUUUAUUGAAAGACUGACACUUGGUGUUACUAGAGUACUUGAGAGUCUUCCUGGAGUCAUAGACGUGCGUUUCGCAGAGAGAGAACCUGCAGAGAAACGGUGUUUGCUGUCAUGGGAGCAGAAAAACGCCUGUGCCCUGCCUGAGGAUCUCAGAGACUUUUAUCUAACAACAGAUGGUUUCACUCUGACCUGGAGUUCAAAGCUUGAGAAUGAGUGUGUGUCUGUGGGCUGUAUGGUGAUUAACAGUGUGGUCAAACUCCGGCGGCUCGGCCAAUCCUCAGUUUUCUCCCUCCCCAGCACGCCCACCAUCGCUGAUCUGGACUCUGAUGGGGAGACGGAAGAUGCUGAGACUGGACGAGAGCAGCCUCACUUUGACUCCCGCAGUCGGAUCUUUGAGCUGGACCCAUGUGCGGGAAAUGGGAAGGUGUGUCUGGUCUACAAGAAUUGCACAGAAGAUGAGGUAACCCAGCAGUGCGAUGUGUGGUUCCUGGAUCGCUCGCUCUACUGGCACUACCUGACCCCUUCCUUCACCGCCUACUACCGCCUCAUGAUCACACACCUGGGCCUGCCUGAGUGGCAGUAUAACUUCACCCCAUAUGGGCCCAGCCCACAGGCCAAGCAAUGGGCUGCCCUCUACCAACCCCUGACCUUCCACUCAGAACCUCACCUGGACAGUGCAGGUGAGCCACUGCUCAACAAGCUGGACCCGGCCAAAGCCUUCAGGGGGAGAGCCAAGCAGCCACCCCCCAAAAAGAAACCUCCUGCCCAGGCAUCCUCCACGGGCUCUGGAGGCACAUCCAGAGGACAUGGGGUGUCAGGGAGACUCAGUGUGCUAAAACGAUGACCAGAUAAAGGCAAUAAAGCACUGAAUGUGUUAUUAAGCUAUUUAAGCUAUUUGGGUAUGCAAGGAGCGGAAUGUGUUUUAAAAUGACUGACUGGAAGGGCUUAAAGUAUUUUAAAAGUAAUUUCGUGCGUCACUUCCAAUGGAUGAGAAUCACGUAUAUAUUUUGCUGUCCUUGAGUGAGGAUGUAUCUAUGUAUGUACACCUAACUGGAAGAAUAUGCAUUUUGUUAUCAUUAGUUAUCGCUUCACACUCCUAGUCACUGGUUUCCCAGUCCGUCUGAUAAACUCUGAACACAGGAAUGUUUGUUCACUACCUCUAACUUAUGUUGGAUCCCAACUGUACUUAUUUAUUUAUUAAAGACUAUUCCUGAAACAUA